UGCGCAGGUGGAAAGUUUCCUCCUCUCUUUCUGUUUGUGUGGGUAUAGGGCUCAGUUUCGUUCAGCCACCCGAGCGAGGUGGUGGUUAGGAAAAUAAGAUGGGGAAGCUUCAGGAAUUUCAGAUCACUCUAAAGGACAACAAAGUGGUUUAUAGUCCCGGCGAGUCCAUUUCUGGGACGGUGAAAAUCUCCACCGCUCAACCCAUCCAAUGUAAAGCAAUCAAGGUAAACUGCCACGGGUCAUGCGGCGUGACCAACAAAGUGAACGACACGGACUGGCUCGAGGAGGAGCAGUACUUCAACAGCUCUCUCUCUGUGGCUGAUAAAGGCACUUUGAAACAGGGUGAACACAUUUUCCCCUUCAAGUUUCUCAUACCAGCCACAGCGCCAACAUCAUACGAAGGGCCGUAUGGAAAGAUUAUGUACAAAAUUCGAGCGUUUAUCGACACGCCUCGCUUCUCAAAAGACUACAAGACGGAGAAGCCCUUCUACAUGCUGAACAACAUUAAUCUUAAUGAAAUGCCCGACAUCUAUGAGCCAAACACUUCAAAUAUCACUAAGAAUUUCACCUAUAUGCUGGUGAAGAAUGGGACGGUCGUCCUGGUGGCUAAAACGGACCAGCGUGGAUACAUUGCAGGUCAGGUCAUUAAAGUGUCCACAGAGAUCGACAACCAAUCGGGGAAGAACACGGGCCAUGUAGUUGCCUGUUUAAUUCAGAGAGUGACGUAUCACACAAAGAAACCGACACACGAAGUGAGAACAAUAGCGGAGGUGGAAGGAGCUGGAGUGAAGGCAGGCAAACAGGCCGAGUGGAAAGAGCAAAUUAUCGUUCCUCCUCUUCCACAGUCGUCUCUGGCUGGAUGUAACCUUAUCGAGAUCAACUAUUUCAUCCAGGUGUCUUUGAAAUACCCGGAAAUGUCACUGACGCUGCCAGUUCAUUUCGGGAACGUUGCGGUUGACCCGAGCCUCCGUCCUCCUCCUAAAGCCAAGAAAGCCUCCAAGACCGCUCCCACUCCAGCACCACGGACUAACCCGGCGUCUCCAAAUUCAGUGAAUGCCUCUGUUGCCUCUCCUUCUCCAUCCAGCUCCCCCAGUCUGCCUCCUCGCCCUGCGCCCCGGCCCCGGCCCCGCAGCAUGUGCGUCACUCCGAGCGCACCCCCAGCAGAGCCAGACAUGAGAGGAGCUGGGGAUCGGCAGAGCGAAGAGAUUCCUACUAAGGUCCACUCUCAGCAUCAGGGCCCCAUGUCUCCCAGAUUUAGCUACGCCCCGGGUCUCGUGUUCCCGCAGAGUAACAGUAACCCCUCAGUGCCUCACUUCUCCCUCUCCACCGGGGCCACCAUCCCUUUCUUUACUGAAGGAAACAGCCCAGCCAUGCCCACCUCCUGCCCCUUCAUCCUGCCACCAGAUUACAGAAGCUCAGCACUCCCGCACGAGCCUCCACCAGCUUAUGAAGACAGCUUUCUCACCACAUAAAUGAUUCCUGCUCUGUACCGAACAGCUGAUGACUCCUUUUGGGACUGAUGUCCUUUCAUAACCACAGUUACUGCACUUUUUGGACAACGUAGUGACACUUGAAGUCUGUGAUCAGCGCAAACUGAAAGAUUUCUUUGUGAAGCAUGGAGUGGCAACUCAACUCCAAUUUUCUCAAACUCUGGAUAUCUUGUCUUGUGGCAUGUUUUGAUUCUUCUUUGGAUUAUUUCUUGUUCUUCUUGUUCAUGGGAGACUUUGUGUUCAUUUGUAUUCAUUGCAUACAUUUGUUUAUAGCCCACUGAAAAAAAUAAAGUUUCUAUUUUAAAUUAGUAUAAUAAUGAUAAAUAAUAAUUGCUGCUGUUAUUUGGCAAACAAAUAAAAAUGUGAUUUUAUGAUUUCACUUCUUACAGGAAAUAGUUACAGAAAAUAUUCCAUGACUUGUUAAUGGUUCCUGUUUCAUUUUUAAAAAAGCUUAGUUUUUAAUACACUAAUAACAAAGGUUCUAAGAAGUAAAGGAAAUACUUCUCAUUAGCUUCCUUUUUCUCUGUGCUUCUGUGGAAGACAUUUGUGAAACAUUAGUACUAUUAUUUUCCAUUUAAAUACAGACAACAACAAUACUUUUGAUUUCAGUACUGAAAGCAAUAAAUUGUCACAUUAUGUUGUAAUUAAACUGUUUUCUAUA